UGGGUCGGUGUCACGUGGCUGCGGAAGCGCUGACACGACCAGUCUCCGCCUCCAAGAUGGCGGCGCCCAGUACCUGGCGAUGUGACCUGCUUCUGUUUAACUUGUAAUGAUAGCCUGGACGGAAUGGACCGACUUGGUGCCACAGCCUCGCUGGUGGCAGGUGGAGUAGCAGGCGUCUCUGUUGACUUGAUAUUGUUUCCUUUGGAUACCAUUAAAACCAGGCUGCAGAGUCCCCAAGGGUUUAAAAAAGCUGGUGGUUUUCGUGGAAUCUAUGCUGGUGUUCCAUCUACUGCUAUUGGAUCUUUUCCAAAUGCUGCUGCCUUUUUUAUCACCUAUGAAUCUGUGAAAUGUUUUUUGCACACUGACUCAUCUUCAAAUUUGAAGCCUGUGAAACAUAUGUUGGCUGCCUCUACAGGAGAAGUGGUUGCCUGCCUGAUUCGAGUUCCCUCUGAAGUAGUUAAGCAGAGGGCACAGGUAUCUGCUUCUUCGAGAACUUUUAAGAUUUUCUCUGGUAUCCUAUGUGAAGAGGGUAUCAAAGGAUUGUAUCGCGGCUACAAAAGCACAGUUUUAAGAGAGAUACCUUUUUCAUUGGUCCAGUUUCCAUUGUGGGAGUCUUUAAAAGCCCUCUGGUCCUGGAGGCAAGAUCAUGUGUUGGAUUCUUGGCAGUCAGCAGUCUGUGGAGCUUUUGCAGGUGGAUUUGCAGCUGCAGUCACCACGCCUCUGGAUGUAGCAAAAACAAGAAUCAUGUUGGCAAAAGCUGGUUCCAGCACUGCGAGUGGGAAUGUGCUCUCAGCCCUGCAUGGGGUCUGGCGGACGCAGGGACUGCCAGGAACCCUCUGCUGCCAGGAAUAUUCCCGAGAAAGCAUAAAGCAACAAGGUCCUUACAAUUAUUUGCAGGUGUCUUUCCUCGAAUGGCAGCAAUCAGUCUGGGAGGUUUCAUCUUCCUCGGUGCUUAUGACCAAACUCGCAGCUUGUUGUUGGAACUUGGCACAGAGAGUCCAUGAAUUAGAGAUGGUUCCACGUCCGCUUCUUUCAAGAAGGGGGGGCUGCUGUGAGAACUCUUACCCUUCCGGUGAGCAGCUGUUUGACCAUCUGAACAGGCUGAAAUCCGGUUUUGCUGAUUGUGACAUGGAGAAUGUCUUCCAGGCUAUAGGCUGGAAUGAUAUCAUCAGCCAGUUUGCCAGAAAGGGAGAAAACGGUGCCCAUAGAAGUUUUUUUUUUUUUUUUUCCUCAGAACUUCUUAAUAAAUAAAUUUGGUAAUUCUCA